GUAAUUUAUAUAUCUACCACUUGGUGGCGGUAAUGAACCAUAACAUUGUUUACCAACCCUGAUAAACACCAACCGUCCCAAAGAAGAAGGGGACCGAAGAAGCAUCAGAAAAUGGCUGCUAAAGCUUAUGUUAUUUAUGUUAUUUAAAACACUCCAACGCUAGUUAUUAUUUCUUUUACCGAUAAGUAAGAACUGCCGACAUUUAUUCUGAGAUGGUGUGUCUCGGAUGAUGAUUAUUAGUGGCGUCUUGCGGCGGAUGUUACAACAACUGGGAUUUUUUUUKGGGGGUUUGAUGGUUCUUGUUGGCUAAUAAUAACAAAAGCGUUCGUGUGGUGUUUGGAGCGACAUAAACAAACUCAGCUGUUCUUAGUCUGCAGUGAUUGGCGCUGUUUGCUGUUAUCCGAGUGAAAUUCGAGCUUCCUGUGACUUGUUUCCUGUUUGUAUGAUAUUACAUAAUGUGCCGCUAAGCUGCUGUUCUAGAUGUCAAACUCGUGAACCCCUUUUAAGCUAAAUAAAGCAAUUUUUUUUGUACUUCGUACGACGAUCUAAACCCUUGGUUUUAGCGUUGGUGUUGUUCAAAUGGGAAUCAACAGGGUGUACAUUAGCAUAGGCUAUGCUAGCUUUGGUACUCUGGUUGGGUUUUCGGCGUUCUUGGUCUGGAACGUCGCCUAUAAACAGCCAUGGACGGCGGCCAUGGGAGGCCUGUCAGGGGUGUUGGCGCUCUGGGCUCUCGUUACACACAUCAUGUACCUGCAGGACUACUGGCGCACCUGGCUGAAGGGGCUGAAGUUCUUUAUCUGUGUUGGUGUGCUCUUCUCAGUCCUGGCUGUCGCUGCCUUCAUCACCUUUCUAUGUCUGGCCAUCACAAUGAAGCAAUCUGUCACUGACCCUCGGAGCCUGUACCUGUCUUGUGUGUGGAGCUUYUUGACCUUUAAAUGGUCUUUUCUCCUGGCGUUGUACUCGUACAGAUACCGACAGGAAUUUGCAGACAUCAGCAUCCUCAGUGACUUCUAGUCAGUGGGAUUUUAUAGACUUUAAUGGAGCUGAUCACUGAGCUUUGUAACCAAGAAGAAGGAAAACGGUCAUGGCAAGAUAAACAAGUCAAGUGACUUUGACAACAUGAAGUUGCACCUGUUAAACAAGUUUUUUUCUCUCUCUUCCUUGUCUUGUAAUGUGUUCUCCCACUUUGCCACUCGUUUUAGUUACAAAGACAUGCGCUGCACUCUCCAACGCAAGGAGCUUUUCAGACUUCAGUUUCGGAUUGAUUUAUUAUAAAACUGCUCCUGUAAAGGAAAUCACUAUCACAGUGAGGUUGUGAACUCGUGAAUACAACAAGCAAAGUCAGUUUUUACAUGAAGCAAAAAUGAUCUGAACCAAAAAAAUAAAAAAAAGUUCUACCUGAAUUCAUAAAAAAAGUAGGUAAAUGCAUUGUAUUUACUCGGAGUGCUUGUUUGUAUCAAAACAAACAAAAGAAAAACAGAAAUUACGCAUCUACAAUGUGAUGAAAUGCUUGUUUAAUGUCCAAAAGUCUUGUAGCAGUUAGCAUUUAGAUUUGUCACAAUAACACAGAUCUGGUUUUUGGUAUGCCUAAAUCUCAACUAGUUUUGAUGCCAGAGCACUUUUACUGCUGUGUGUGGAGCUUUUAAACAGGUCCAGCUGUAAAAUACAGCUGUAGGGAUGUAAAAUGGUGACUAUAUUUACACUUUAAAGCUGACUGUCAGUUGAAGUUGCCUGUCAGUUUCCUUGGWAAAGUUUGAAUUGUUUCCUACUUUUGUUUAGAAAGGCCAGAAAGUUCCUGAUUUCCUGACAUCUCUCCAGCGAYGUUUCUUGGCAUGUUUCAGGUUUUACACCCAGUUCUACCUGCUUUUACAGUUACUGAUCCAUCAUCUGUUGCAAUAUCCUCUGCUUUUGUGGUGCAUUGAAAUCACAAGCACCAUUACAUUUAAACAAAAAAUAACAUUGACAUUAAAUCUCAGUAUCAGUCGUAGUGAUAUCUUUGUCAGCUUAUUUAAGAAUAUUCAGUCAGAUAUAAAGCUUUCUUUAAGAUUGUAAUGUUGAUUUUUGUGGAAGCUUUAGAAAUGUUUAUCAUGCUUUGCAGAAAGGAUGCUGUAUAAUGUGCUUUUCAGUGUUUUUUCCACAAGAGGGAGAUGCUUUUCUUUUAAGUCUGUUUGAUGCCCCUUACAUUCCUGUUUUAGAGAAAAACAAACAUUUGAUAAAAAUAACUGCACUUUAGCCAAUGACGUCAAAGCCCUUGUUUUGCACAGCAUUACUGCUACAAUUGAACAAGUUUGACUCUGUUUGUCUUUUCCUUUUUAAGUGUUAUUUUAAAUCACUAAUUUCCCAUGUUGAGUUGCAAUGCACAGUUUCUGCUAGGCUUUAGAUUUGSUUUAGUGUCAGCUGUAGCUCAUGUCCACUUUUUAUCAUGCACUGUGUGAAAACGUGUGUUUAUCAAUGAGUGAGUGAAUGUGAGGAUACUACAUGUAMAUAGAAACUAAAACCAUUAAAGUUGCUUUCAUUGUUAA